AUGAGAAAAUCCAGGGGUGAUGCGGUGGUCAGGCCGGGAGUGGUCUCGUUCCACGCCACUCAAAUGCAUUUGUAUCCGCUGUUGUCGGAAGAGGACUUCGUUCCAGAUGAAGAAUUUAUGGCCGAAGUAGCCAAGACAAACGAGAGAUUCUCGGCAGUAACAAAUGAUUUGGAAGCCGCGGUAGCAGCUCGUGAUUCUCUCCCAAUAUUGGUGAGGAGCUUUAAAAGGCUUAUCGCAGCUACCCAGGCUAAAGUGGACACGUUUGGGCAGUCCGAGCAGUUUGACCUGCAAUUACAAAAGGAACGUGAAGAGAAAUUGAAGUUCCAUUCGGACUUCAAUGAGAUGCGUAAUAAAUGGGAUAAGGCGUGCGCCGAGCGCGAUAUAUUCGCGGACAGAGUGCGAAAUCUCAACCAGAGUUUGCUGAAUAAUCGCGGCGUCGAAACACAAAUCAAAACUGAGUAUGAUCAGCUUGAUGCUGAAUUUCAGCAAUUAAAAAGUGUGAACCAUACCUUGGAAGAGUCACUCGAAGAAGUGCAGCGGGAAUUGAGCUCCCUAAAAGUUGAUUAUGCGGCGGAAAUAAGCCGAGCAGACACUAGUAAGCUGCAUAACGAAAAUGUAGAUUUAACCAAGCAGUUGAAGACGGUAAAGGGUGAGCUUCAACAGCUAAAGGAUUCCUACGCCGUCACGGUUAAACAAAACUCUGAUCUCACCAAUAAAGUUGAUCAGCAGGAGCGGGAAUUGCGGGCAGAACGCAGAAGGGUGAAUCCAGAUGCGGAAAUGGUAGCGCAACUACAACAAGAGUUGGCUGUCGCACAGUCCCAGGUCUCCAUGGGAAAACAAUCCACAAGUACAGCAGUUUCUGCAGUCUGUAAAGACAGUAAAGUAAAAUUGAACGCGGAAAUUGCCCAGUGGAAAAUUGAAUGUAAUAACUUGAAAACGGCAAGAGAUAAAGCCGAAAAUGAACUGAAGGAAGUGAAGGCACAGAAGGAAGCCAGGGCACAAGCCUGUUUAGCAUGUGAUAAUGCGAAUGCGGCAAAAGCGGAAGCGCAGUCGCUAGCAUUUGAAAAUCAACAGGAAAUUGUCCGACUGAGGGUGGACAAUGAUACAAUUCGAAAGGAAAAUAAUGAAAUUCGCAUUUUGUACCACAAUCUGCAAAAGUACGCUAAAGAUAAAACGGCGGAAGCAGCAGAAUACAAAAAUCAGUUAGAGGACCGUCGGGAAAUUUCACGGUUAUAUCAACCGGAAGUACCUUUUGGCACAGCGGCAGUGGCGGCGCCACAUAAUCCAGAGCGAUUGGGUGGGCAGGAACACUUGCAGAUGCAGUUCUCUGACUCACAACCAUAUCGGCAUUUCAGUACGGAAGUAUCAGCGGGUGUGGCGGCGAACCAAAGCCGACCAGACCGGAGUGAUAUACUGCAGCGGCCAGCAAGUGCCACACCGAUUUUGCAACAGCAGACACAUCCGGCAGUUUCACGAGCUGACAUUUUACAGCAGCAUUCAGUACAUGCGGGCCAAGUCCCACGUUAUGUGUUGAAUCAGAUUCCGCCGCCCAUGGUGAACCCACCGGUGCAGGAUGAGAAUCAUCCAGGCGAUGAUCAGCGGCGUAUGAAUAGUCCGACUGGAUCACUGGGUACGAGAGAUCCGCAGAUGGAUGAAUAUCUGCAAGGACAACAAAUGAUUAAUAAGCAAAUGGCGCAAAUUCUGGCCAGAACGGCAAAUCAGAAUUCAGAUAAACCGGAAAGCGGGAUUAAAUUACAGCAUUUUGAUGAAAGCCAUCCGGAAAGGAUUAACCGGUGGUUGUUGUCCGUUGAUCAGUGCAAAACCGCGAAUCGCUGGAGUGAUGCAACGACUUUUAGUCGCGUAUCCGGUGCACUGGGCACAGUAGCGUUCCGUUGGUUCUCAAAACUCGUAACGGAUAAUCCGGAUGAAUCGUGGGAAAACUUUUAA